AAACAAACAAACAAACAAACAAACAUUUAACUUAAUUGUAAUAGUUCCACUUUUGUUAACAUUGUUGGGUGACUUCCUCGAAUCCCCCUGGCUGAGCUUCCAUAUAAAUCAUUGUAGCAGUUUUCCAAAACUAUUUUCACUAAAAUUUACUUGGUCAAUUAAUAUCUUUCUUUCUCCAUGUGAUGCUGUACUUGCAGUUGGUUUGAUGCUUGUCUUUUUGUUGUCAACAACUCUCUGGUCCUAAACCUUUUCCUGUGAAAGUCUGUCACUUUCUCCAUGCUAAUGAUUCUUCUACAUAGCUUGCUUCACUGUUAACUGCGCAAUACUGUAGAGUAUACAGUUUACAAAACCAGAUUGGCCAUAUGUUUUGGGUGGGCGGUUUUUUUGUUAUCUGAUCAGGCAUAAGGGCAUUGAGAUUUGCCCCCCCCCCCGAAGUUGAAGAAGCCUGGUAGCUGUAGGAUAGAGUUAGUUUUGGUAAUAUGGGAAAGUUUAACUUAAUAUUUCCUGUUUUCUUCCUUCCUUACGCACUAAAUUGUUUCCUCGGGGCAACAACAUGGGGGUAGGAGAAGGGAGUGGUGGGUAGAAAAAUUGGCUUUCACUGAAUGGACAUUUUCAGACUAUCCUAGGGUAAUUGUUGCAAAUACAGUUAUGUGCGGUCAUCAGGGUUUUUGUUGUUUUUGUUCCAAUGUGUAUCAUUUUACAUCAACAUUUUGGGGCUGUGGUCACAUUUGGAAUUUUGAAUGAGUAUCAUGGGUACCAAUCUAUGGCUUUUAAAUUGGUGGGGUUUUGUUUUUAUUUGUUACUAUGUUAUUUUUUUGUUUUGUUUUUAUGUUGUAAACUAACGUUUGCUCAUCAGAUAAAGGGUGCCAAAUAAUAAUAAUAAUUAUUAUUUGUCAGUGGCGUAGUGUAGGGGGGGUCUACUGGGGAGAUUGACCAGGUUGCAAACAUUUUUGGGGUGCGUCUCUGCAGCUGCCACCCCGACUGGAGGCCCUCCCUAUCCCCCCCGCCCACCUUACCUAAGCAGCAUGCUGAGCAGGAGCUGUAGUGAGAAUGGGCCCUUGCAUCCCUCAGCUGUGUGGUAUCCCCACCAGCGGAGGAGGUGUGUAGACAGGAGUCUUGCGGCGGCAGCAGCCCAUCCCCAGCACAAAGAAGCGUGCAUGCAUGUCCCACCACUGCUGCACAGCUCCCUCUGCGAGCAGCAGUAUGCAGUAUGGAGGCGCCAGUUAGGGGGCACAAUAUUUGUCUUAGGGGGCACAAUGCUAGUCUUGCCGUUGGCACUGGCAACCCACGCUACACCACUGCAAUUUGACGAGGCAAUGGAGCAAGGGAUGAUGUAAUCUGUUCUUUUUGCUUGCUGCUUGAUCACAUUUCCCAGAAUUUACCUUUACCCUUGUGCUAAUUUAAAGUUCAACCAGGUUUUGAAACAUGUUUCCGGUUCUCAGGUGCAUGGCAGCUUGCAGAAAACAUCAUCACUGCAAAAGAGGCACUUUCACAAUUUAUGCAUAUGAUACAAUUUGCUUCCUUCCCAUAGGUGGAUGUUGUCUUCAUUUGGGAAAAUCUCCAUGUCAGGUUGGAUUAGCAUUCAUAGGGCAUUAGGGUAGAUAGUUCACAUAGCAUAGCUAAGAGUCUGACUUUCAAGAAAUCUAAACACACAUCCUUUUGGGAAGUUACUUUACUCAUGGUAGAUUUUUAUCUCCAGAAAACGUCAGUGCAAUGCAUCAAGGAUAGCCCUGUCAUACAUUGACCUUUGUUAUUGUGGGUGUGCCUUUCAUUGAUUACAUUAACACUCCUGAUCCCACCCUGUAAAAUUAUUCUUGCUAUGAUUGGUUAGUUGGGUCUUUAUAUAACCUUCAAGUAUUUUACUGGGAGCGUGAAUAUUUUAGAAACUGUGGAACUUCUGAGGCAGGAACUCUAGCCCAGAGUCCAAGAGUUCAGUGUCCUAUUCAGUGUCCUGUGUACCUGAAGCCUUGCACCAUCUAAAAUAUAACCAGAACAAUCUGAGGCAGUCUUCAUCAAUCCAAGAAGAUGUCUGAUGGGACAAGUCUGCGCAGAAGAAAAGGUGCACAUGAAAUAGAACCCAAAACUGAUCUUACUCGCUGGCGAUUCAGCUCCGUGGAAGGGCGGCAGAAAUGGUACUACGUGGCAGACAGUGAAGAAUGUGUCCGUGAACAGAAUGCACUCGAGGCUUACACUUUAGGGCUGGACACUAGCAAGUUCUUUCCAGAUUUGCCAAAAGCUAGCACCGCCCAGGAAGCUGUCCAGAAAGCGAUUAAAUUCUUCUCUGACCUGCAAGCAGAAGAUGGCCACUGGGCCAUGGAGUGCUCUGGUGUUCUCUCUCUUGCACCAGCUAUUUUGAUGUCAUGUUAUGCUGCCAAGAUCUCACUACCAGAAGAGGUCGAGAGAGAGCUCCUGCGCUACAUCCUCUCAAAACAGCUUCCAGAUGGUGGAUGGGGCCUCCACCUUAAAGAACAGUCAACAGUAUUUGGCACAACCUUCAGCUACAUAGCUAUGCGAAUCCUUGGACUUGGGCCUGACCAUCCAGAUGUAGUGCGAGCUCGGAUAAAUCUCCACAAGAAAGGUGGCGCUCUUGGAAUCCCUAACUUGGGCAAAGUUUGGCUGGCCAUUAUGAAUUUGUACAGCUGGGAGGGAAUGAAUUCACCAUUUCCCGAGUUGUGGCUGUUUCCUACAUGGCUGCCGGGACAUCCCUCAACAUACUGGUGUCACGCUCGCCAUAUCACCCUCGCGAUGAGCUACUGCUAUGCCACUCGCCUGACUGUAGAAGAAGAUGAACUGAUCCAGAGUCUAAGACAGGAGAUUUAUGUGGAGGACUUCUCCACCAUUGAUUGGCCAGCCCAGAGGAACAAUAUUUACGAAGCCGAUUUGCAUUCUGCACACAGCUGGAUGCUGGAUGCCGCUUUUGCUACUUUCAAUUUGUAUGAGAGAUACCAUUUUACCAGUUUCAGAAAGCAAGCCAUUGCAGAAAUGUAUGAGCAAAUCAAGGCUGACGACAUAUUCUCGAACGCCACCAAUUCUAGCCCGACUUGUAAAGCGUUUCAUGUGCUAAUAAGCAGGUAUGCUGAUGGAGCCGAUUCUCCAGCUUUUCAAGAACAUAUCUCCAGGAUCUAUGACUACCUUUGGAUUGGACAAGAUGGUAUGCUAAUAAAGGUCAUGGGAUCACAGACCUGGGAUACAUCAUUUGCCAUUCAAGGCUUCUUGGAGGCUGGGGUUCAGAACAAUCCUGACUAUGCAUCCUGUCUGAAAAAAGCCCAUGAAUUCUUGAAAGCCUCUCAGAUUGUAGAUAACCCACCUAACUACCAGAGAUAUUAUCGCCAGAUGAACAAGGGUGGAUUCCCCUUCAGCAAUCGAGAGAAUGACUGGAUAGUCAGUGACUGCACUGCUGAGGCCAUGAGGACAUUGAUGCUGCUGGAGGAAAAAUGCCCCUUCAUAGAAGAUCAUGUGGCACCUCAGCGCCUCUUUGAUGCUGUCAAUGUGAUGCUGAACAUGAGAAAUUCUGAUGGUGGUUUUUCGUCUUAUGAAACCAGGCGUGGGAGUUGGCUACUGGAGGUCAUGAACUCCUCAGAGAUAUAUGCUGAUUGUAUGGUCGACCACACCUAUAUAGAAUGUACUUCGUCAGUAAUGCAGGGAUUGAAACAUUUUGGGAAAAGAUUCCCAAAUCACCGGGAAGAUGAAAUCAGUGAUACUCUAAAUAAGGCUUUGCAGUAUUGUCGUAAUAUGCAGAAAGCUGAUGGCUUCUGGUUAGGGCGAUGGGGCGUAUGCUUCACAUAUGGCACCUGGUUUGGACUAGAGGCAUUUGCAUGUAUGGGAUACAUCUACCGUGGUGGGGAGGCAUGCAAGGAAGUGACCAAAGCCUGUGAAUUCUUAGUCUCCAAGCAAAUGGAAGACGGUGGCUGGGGAGAGGAAUUUGAAUCCUACAGGUUUCGCAAAUAUAUUCAGCACACUGUUUCCCAGAUCCACCAAACCUCCUGGGCUCUGUUGGGGUUGAUGGCUGUUAGAUAUCCUGAUGUUCGGGUUCUGGAAAGAGGAAUACAAGUUUUGAUUGACAGACAGACAUCGAUUGGGGAGUGGCCUCAGGGUGACAUCGCUACAGCAUUCUACAAAUCUGGUACUCUGCAUUACAAUGCCUACCGAAUCAUCUUCCCUAUCUUUGCACUUGCCCGCUUUACCCGGCUAUAUCCCAGCAGCCCUGUCGCUAAAGGACUCCUGAAGAAUGGAUCUGUGCAUGCAGAGCAGAGUCAGAAUGGAGGGUGCUGAGCAGAGGUGCACUGUCAUUCCUGAGAGCUUCGGUUUCAUCCUUCUCAACAUCACCCAGUGCUUUUCUCUCUUGACUGAUAUUCCCCUUGUAGCACAAUUGCACUUUGAAAUGCACAAACAUGACCCAAAGAAAGUGGACAAAGAAGCACGUUAGCUUAAUUUCCUGGCAGCGAUUUGCACCACUUCAAAUCCCUUACUGGCAACAGAAAUUUAGAAAAGGCUUUGCCCACUGAGCGAUUCAUAACCACGAUCCACAUUCCUACACACAGCAAAAUACAGCUUAAAUUUGUGUUCUUGAGGAGGAAUAACAGAGGUUGUGGAAAAUUCAAGAUAUGUUGCUCUCCCUUUAAUAGGUGGAUUCAGUGGGGAUACCGUUAGGCAACAUUUUGAAGGUACAGGAUAUUCCCCACCCUCCACUAUAAAUGAAGCCCAGCACCUCUGGGUUAUUUGUGGGGCCUGCCUGGAGUUCGUUCAUUCCCCCCCACAAAAAAAAUAUUGUCCAGCCCACCACAUGGUCUGAGGGAUGGUGGACCGGCCCACAGCUGAAAAAGGUUGCUGACCCUUGUGCUAAGU